AUGUGUGUAGACUACUCCGACCUCAACAAGGCAUGUCCUAAGGACUGCUAUCCCCUGCCCAAUAUUGACGCUCUCGUCGACGCGGCGGCGGGGUACAGGUAUCUGAGCUUCAUGGACGCCUACUCUGGGUACAGUCAGAUACAGAUGCACCGACCCGACGAGGACAAAACAGCGUUCAUAACGACAGGAGGGAUCUAUUGUUACAAGGUGAUGCCAUUUGGUCUGAAAAAUGCUGGCGCCACAUACCAGAGACUGAUGAACAAGAUAUUCAAUGAGCUCAUAGGCAAAACAGUAGAAGUCUACGUGGACGACAUCCUCGCAAAAACCGCACGGCCCGACGAUCUCCUGAGCGACUUGGGGAGCGUGUUCGCCUCCCUCCGACAACACGGCAUGAGGCUCUACCCGCUCAAAUGCGCCUUUGCCAUGGAGGCUGGGAAGUUCCUGGGAUUCAUGAUCACCCAAAGAGGAGUAGAGGCCAAUCCUGAAAAGUGCCAAGCGAUCCUCCAGAUGAGGAGCCCGGGUUGUAUCAAAGACGUCCAACGGUUGGCAAGAAGGCUGACGGCGUUAUCCUGCUUCCUCGGCGCAUCAGCAGCAAAAGCCCUACCCUUCUUCAAUCUGAUGAAAAAGGGGAUAGCAUUCGAAUGGACCCCCGCGUGUGAGGAAGAAUUCAACCACUUCAAGGAGAUCCUAGCAACACCUCCGGUGAUCGGAAAGCCCAAGGCCGGAGAGCCACUCUACCUCUACCUAGCAGUAACAAAGGAAGCACUUGCAGCAGUGCUCGUAAGAGAAGAAGGGAAAGCUCAGCAACCGAUUUACUUUGUAAGCAGGGCUCUACAAGGAGCAGAGCUGAGGUACAGCAAACUGGAAAAACUGGCGCUGACACUCCUAACCUCCUCCCGAAGGUUGAGGCAAUACUUCCAAGGUCACCGUAUAGUUGUGAGGACGGAUCAAGCAAUUCGCCAAGUACUCCAAAAACCUGAUUUGGCCAGCAGGAUGAUGACCUGGGCCAUCGAGCUCUCCCAAUAUGACUUGCAGUAUGAGCCCCGGCAUGCAAUUAAGGCACAGGCAAUGGCAGAUUUCUUGGUAGAGGUGACUGGUGAUCCCCCCGAGGAAAUGGGCACACGGUGGAGGCUCCAUGUAGACAGGGCCUCCAACCAAACGUCCGGGGGAGCCGGGGUCAUCUUAGAAAGCCCGACGGGAGUCAUUUACGAACAAGCAACCAAGUUCGAGUUCCCUGUGUCGAACAAUCAAGCGGAAUACGAAGCCCUCUUAGGUGGACUAACGUUAGCUCGGGAGGUCGGGGCAACAAGGCUGGAGGUGUGCAGCGACUCACAAUUCGUCACCUCCCAGGUAAACGGAAGCUAUCAAGCCAGGGAUCCCCUUCUACAAAAAUAUUUGGAAAAGGUGAGAGAAUUGACAAGAGAGUUCCAAGAGGUCACGGUCCAACACGUUCCAAGAGAAAGGAACACACGGGCAGACCUCCUGUCCAAACUAGCAAGCACGAAGCCAGGAGCGGGUAAUCGGUCUCUCAUCCAGGGCUUGUUGAAGGAACCGACCGUCGCCCUCCAUUUGACGGAGUCAAGCCCCUCCUGGUUAGACCCCAUCACGAACUUCCUGGAACUUGGCAAGUUACCCGACGAUGAGAAGGCGGCCAAAACAUUGAGAAGGGAGGCAUCCAAAUACGCAAUCAUACAAGGGCAACUGUUCAGAAAGGGGCUCAGCCAACCCCUGUUGAAGUGCUUACACCCCGACCAGACGGACUAUAAGCACUUAGACAACAAGAAAGGCGCAUGGGCUGACGAGCUGGCUUCGAUCCUCUGGUCCUACCGAACAACCGAACAAAGCUCUACAGGGGAAACCCCUUUUUGCCUAACGUACGGGGUCAACGCGGUGAUACCUGUCGAGAUCGGUGAACCGAGUCCACGGUUACUGCUCGCAGGUGUGGACGAAGCAUUAGAAAAGGACCUGGUGGAGGAGACCGGGGAAAUGGCCCACUUGUCAGAAACAGCAUUGAAACAAAGGAUAGCCCUGCGCUACAACGUUAAAGUCCUCGAAAGGGAUUUUGAGGAAAGAGACCUCGUCCUACGACGCAACGACGUCAGUUUACCGACCCCAGGAGAAGGAAAACUGGGGGCAAAUUGGAAAGGUCCCUACAGAGUCAAAGAGGUGCUCGACAAAGGUGCCUACAGGCUGGAAAGACUCGACGGCAAGGAUAUCCCGAGAACAUGGAACGCGGGUAACCUGAGGAGAUUUUAUUCAUAG